AUGCCAGUUGCGCAUCCAGUCUACGCUCUAGCACACUAUAACCUGUCAGGGGAAAAUGUUGCUCCUACAGAAUCAUUGCCUCUCAACGCGUCAAAGAUUCCGCUGCCAAAUAUAUUUACGUCUCAAACUGCAGAUGCCAACCCGAGUUCCAACCAGCAAAACGUAGCUCUGGCCAUCAUCUGCAUAUUCCCCAUAAUGGCGUUUUUCCUGGUCAGCCUAAGGAUAUACAGCCGGGCGAGAGUGCGGCAGAUAUGGAUCGAUGACAUCCUUAUUGGACUGGCGAUGCUUCUGAUGGUACCAAUGACGGCUGGUAGCUACAUGUUCACCAAAACCAGCUUCCUGGGCAUCCACCUCGGCGACGUGCCGCUCGACCAGCUCGACCUCGCAAGAGCGGGCCGGUGGAACUACCUCGUGCAGGUCUUUUACCACCCGAUCCUGCCGCUGUGCAAGUCGGCCGUGCUCAUAUUCCUGCUGCGGCUGGGCGGCCACCGCCGGCCCGUGAGGUGGGCGAUCCACGCCGUCAACUCGCUCAACCUCGCCGCCAUGGCCGCCACCACCCUGACGGCCAUGCUGCAGUGCAGCCCCGUGCGGACCAACUGGGCCUUCUCCGCCUCCUCGGACGGGGCCUGCAACGAGCAGUUUGAGUUUUACAUCGCCGGUGCCGGCAUAGCCAUCUUUACGGACGUGCUGGUGCUCGCGCUGCCGUUUUGCAUCUUUUUGCACCUGAGGAUCUCGUGGCACAUGAAGACGGCUGUGCUGGGCGUGUUUUUGCUUGGUUCCAUCGUCACCUUUGUCAGCAUCGGCCGCCUCUGGUACCUCUGCACCCUCUACAACAUGUCCAUGUACCCCCUCCCCCGCGACGCCGACCUGACCUACCCCAUCACCUUUGUCGUGUCCAACGUCGAGGCGAACCUGGCCAUAAUCUGCGCCUGCGCGCCUGCGCUGCGCGGCCUCGCGCGGUCCUGGUGGCCGCGCCUGUUUCGCGGCUCCGGCGAGGUCGUCGUGGCCGCCAGGGACCGCAACGCUGCUGCGGUCCAGCCCAGACCGGGGCCCAGGAAGACGACGCUGGACACGACGUGGUCGGACCUCGGCGGUUCAGAAGCCGAGCGGCGGGUUGGGUCGCGGGCGGGCGAGGAUGAAAAGGUUGGCGAGGCGCACGGCGUCGAGUCCGGCGCCUCGGACGCCGCUGCUUGCUCGCUGGCGCUGCAGGCCGAGCUCCGCGCCAUCGGAGGCGGUGGGGCCACCGUCGGCAUGUGCUAUAGCGCGGGCAACUCGAGCGAGGUGUCGAUUCCUGGUGCGGUCGAGAGGAAAUCUGCAGAGGCUUUCGGGCAUGCAGCAGAUCCGGGGAUGCGUACCCUCGAGGGGACGAUAUUGUGCACGACGGACAUCACCGUGGAGUAUGAACCGACUGUUUCCAAACGGGCAGGACGGUUGUUCUGA